CUCUUGAUUCCUCUCAUUUUCUUUUGCUCUCCUUCUCUAGUCGCUAGCUUUAUCCCUCUCAAUGGUUAGGAAGGAUGAAUAAUAAGGUGAGGAAUGAGUGCAAUGCAAAUGCGAUAGUUGGGUUUGAAUGGGUUACAGUGCUUGUCUCGGUUGUUGUCGACAUGGUCAAGAGGUGUAUGCUAGUAAUUGGCUCUCUCCUAAAGCUCGUAUAGCAAUUGUGAUUAUUUAGUAACUUAAACCACUCACAAUGAUAGUCUUUUUACUUAAAUAGUUGUGUUAUUGCCCCUACAAUGAUCUUU